AUGGUCAACUCCUGCUGUGGAUCCGUCUGUUCCAACCUGAGCUGCGGAAGAGGCUGCUGCCAAGACACCCGCUGUCAGCCCGGCUACUGCAAUAGUCCUUGCUGCCCUCCGACGUGCUCCCAGACCACUUGCUACAGAACCACCUGCUGCCAAGCAACAUGCUGUGUGACCAGCUGUUGCCGCCCGACCUGCUGCAGCCCCUACUGCUGCCAGUCAGUCUGCUGCCAGCCCACUUGCUACCGCCCAGUCUGCUGUGUGUCCAGCUGCUUCAGGCCUUGUUGUCGCCCAGCUUGCUGUGUGUCUACCUGCUGCACGCCCUGUUGUCCCCCACCGUGCUGUGGGUCCAGCUGCUGCCAGCCUUGCUGCCGCCCUACCUGCUGCCUGCCUAGCUGCUGCAGGCCCUGCUGCCCGCCAACCUGCUGUGUGCCCAGCUGCUGCCAGCCUUGCUGCUGCCCUACCUGCUGCCUGCCUAGCUGCUGCAGGCCCUGCUGCCCGCCAACCUGCUGUGUGCCUACCUGCUGCCAGCCUUGUUGCCGCCCAACCUGCUGCCAAACCACAUGCUGCCGGACGACUUCCUGCCGCCCAAGCUGCUGUGUGUCCCCUUGCUGCCAGCCUUGCUGCCGCCCCACUUGCGGCCCAUCAUGUUGCUGCUGA